AUGACUUCCCUCGAUUGUGUCACGCGGGGUUUUAAUGCGAUCCCCAUGCGGGAUGAUAUGAAGAUGGAGACGUGGGCGGUGCGCAUUACAGUUCAGCGCCGCCUCGGCCUCCCGCUCGAUGUUGCCUGCCAGGCGGUGGAGGCGGGCAAGAAGGCGCCGAGCGGCAAGCCGCACGAAGAACUCGGCCAUGCCGCAAUGGGCAACAUCGCCGACAGCGGCGCGCAGUUGCGGCUUCCCGCCACACGGGGGCCGGCGAUGUUGUUGCACUCGAAAGGGCUCGCGGCGCUGGCGCCCUUCCUCCCCUUCUUCUUGGAGCGCUUCCCGCCGCAGCGCGCGGCCACCCCGUCGCUCCGGCAGCUGUCGGAGCAGGUGGCGGCGGUUGGCUCGGCGCGAGCUGAGCAAGGCGCGCGCAAGGGCGAGCGCGUGUACUCGCCGCGCAUGCUCGCCGGCUUCUGCGCCAUGCUCAACGAAGGCUGCGCCGGCUGCACGCGUUUGCCCCUCGUCCGCGGGAAGAUCGGCCGCCUGGUCGCGGCAGAGGCCGCGGCGUCGGACUUUCGCUGCGAGGUCGCCCGCGGCGCGUGCGACGUGAGGCCGGCUGUGUGGCCUCGGGGCGAUGAGCCCGGCCUCCCGGACUGGUACCAACGUUUUUUGCGCCAGCAGUCCACUGGUGUGGAUUGA